CAAAUGAGUGGUAAUGCCUGACUAAAUGAAUUACUUGCAAGGGAAUGAAAUUACAGGGACGAAUUGAAUCUAAUACUGCAAGGCUUACCAUGGAAAUUGAAAUAAGGAAGAACAAGUUGGCUGAUUCGAGAGAGCCACUCUCGAGAAAUAGAAAACAAAUUGAUUCCAAUUUCCUACCCCCCUCUAUUUCUGCUGUCCCUUAACUUUAUACAUAGCAAACUCUAACUAACUAGAAUACCCCUGCGCUCUCCUACAGUUGGCCUCUUAACACGUAAGCAACAACGAGCCGUUAAGGGAGUUCGACCCAACACCCAGCCUAGCUGCCACGUGAUCCACGCCUCGGCCAUGACGACCCGAGCCCGACCUACCCACAGCGAUCAAUUAUUUGCCUCUUCUGACACCCAGCUUCAGAACAAUCUGCACGAGCUCCAUUGCGAUCAGCUGUUCCAUCCGAAGGCCCUCAAGCCCUCUGUUCGAGCUCCCCUGUAUGGGUCGCUCGUCCGAAGCCCUCAACCAGCUCGGCAUCUCUUCAUCUGAACACAGCUGUGACCCUUCGAAUUUGCGUUCCCUGGUGACGAGUUACCUUGUUUGAGCCGCUCGAUCUGCUUGGAUUCCCCUCUGGUCAGCGUCUCAGACCUUCCCCUAUCUCGGCUCGUAGCACACUUUAAACCCUCUCCCCUCGCAGAAGGGCUUACUGUGAGUGAACAAUUCAUCAAGAUAAUGAUGAAACUAUUCUCCAGAGGCUCUGCCUCGAAAGAAGCUUCAGACGUAUCACCGCAAUCUUUCCCUUCACCUUCGUCGCUGCCUCCAAACUUCACCGGCCCGGCGAGGCCGAUCCGCCGUGUGUAUGCCGACGAGAAGGGCAAGUUUCCGGAUGGAUCCGGAGGCACCGUAGCGAUAUGCCAGUUGGUAAGAACCCGUCGGUGUGGUGGCCGUUUUGCGGGUCGCGCUCGCAGGGCAAGAGCUUAUCUUGAACAGCUUCUUGGAAGGAGUAGCGGAUUUCAAGUUGCAUCAACUCAUCGACCAUGUACUAAAGGACUUUGGUUGUGGAGCACACCCUUAAGGAGAACUGCUCUUGAUGGAACUGAAUACAAUCUUUUGUUAUUAGACAGUGAAGGAAUUGAUGCGUAUGAUCAGACGGGAACGUAUAGCACACAGAUAUUCUCCUUAGCUGUUCUGUUAUCUAGCAUGUUCAUAUACAACCAGAUGGGUGGUAUCGAUGAAGCUGCACUUGAUCGCCUAUCUCUUGUCACCCAAAUGACUAAACAUAUUCGUGUUAGAGCAUCAGGAGGAAGGGUUACUGCAUCUGAGCUAGGGCAGUUCUCACCAAUUUUUGUUUGGCUUUUAAGGGAUUUUUAUUUGGACUUAGUGGAGGAUAACAAGAGAAUAACACCCCGGGACUACCUAGAGAUUGCGUUGAGACCAAAUCAAGAUGGUGGAAAAGAUAUUACUGCCAAAAACGAGAUUCGGGAUUCUAUUCGAGCUCUUUUUCCUGACAGAGAAUGCUUCACUCUUGUGCGGCCGUUGACUAAUGAAAAUGAUCUCCAGAGAUUGGACCAAAUUUCGUUGGACAAGCUGAGGCCAGAAUUUAGGUCUGGUCUGGAUGCAUUGACCAAGUUUGUUUUUGAGAGAACUAGACCCAAGCAAGUAGGAGCUACAAUAAUGACAGGUCCUGUUCUGGUUCGUGUCACGGAAUCUUAUCUAGAUGCACUUAAUAAUGGUGCAGUUCCCACAAUAUUCUCCUCAUGGCAGAGUGUUGAAGAGGCGGAGUGUCGGAGAGCAUAUGACUCAGCUGCUGAAGUAUAUAUGUCUGCUUUUGACCGCUCAAAGCCUCCUGAGGAAGCUGCACUAAGAGAAGCACAUGAAGAAGCAGUUCUGAAAUCUGUGACUACAUUCAAUGCUAAUGCUGUUGGGGCUGGUCCAGCUAGGCAGAAAUAUGAGAAGCUUCUUCAUAACUUCUUGAGAAAGGCAUUUGAGGACUAUAAAAGGAAUGCAUUUAUGGAGGCUGAAUUAAGGUGCUCAAAUUCUAUACAAUAUAUGGAAAAGAAGCUGAGGGCAGCUUGUCUUGCACCUGAUGCAAAACUAGAUCAGGUCAUCAAGGUUCUUGAUGAUCUUCUAUCUGAUUAUGAAGCAUCAUCUCAUGGCCCGGGAAAAUGGCAAAAAUUGACCAAGUUCUUACAACAGAGUUUGGAAGGUCCAAUGCUAGACCUUGUCAAGAAGCAAAUAGAUAAAGUUGGAUCAGAGAAGAGUUCACUCAUGUUAAAAUGCCGUUCUCUUGAAGAUAAGAUGGGAUUACUUCACAAGCAACUAGAAGCUAGUGAGAAGUAUAAGUCUGAAUAUAUGAAACGUUAUGAGGAUGCUAUUAAUGAUAAGAAGAAUCUUGCUGAUGACUAUAUGAGCCGCAUAACUAAUCUGCAGAGUAAUCGCAGCUCAAUGGAGGAACGGUGUUCCAGUUUAUUAAAAACAUUGGAUUCUGCCAGGCAGGAAUCCUCAGAAUGGAAAAGGAAAUAUGAACAGGCUCUAUCAAAUAAAAAAGCUGAGGAAAACCAGGCCAGUGGUGAAAUAGCCAUUCUGAAGGCCAGAAGCUCUGCUGCUGAAGCAAGGUUGGCAGCUGCUCGAGAACAAGCUCAGUCUGCUCAAGAGGAGGCGGAGGAAUGGAAAAGGAAAUAUGAUAUUGCUGUUAGAGAAGCAAAAGCUGCUCUAGAAAAGGCAGCAAUUGUUCAAGAACGCACAAAUAAGCAAACACAACAGAGGGAGGAUGCUUUGAGGGAAGAAUUUUCAAGCAAUUUAGCUGAGAAGGAAUCGGAAAUAAGGGAGAAGGCUGCAAAGAUUGAACGUGCUGAGCAGCGUUUGACGACAUUGAAUUUAGAAUUGAAGGCUGCUGAAUCAAGGAUUAAGAACUAUGAUAUGGAAAUAUCAUCCUUGAACCUUAAAAUCAAGGAGUUGGGCGAGAAGCUAGAAUCUGUAACUGCUAAGGCACUGUCGUUUGAGAGAGAAGCUAGGAUACUUGAGCAGGAGAAAGUCCAUUUAGAACAGAAGUAUCAAUUUGAGUUCCAAAGGUUUGAUGAAGUCCAGGAAAGGUGCAGAAUUGCUGAAAAAGAAGCCAAGAGAGCCACUGAGUUGGCUGACAAAGCACGAGCUGAAGCAGUCUCUGCCCAAAAGGAAAAGAGUGAGAUUCAGCGAUUAGCAAUGGAAAGAUUGGCCCAGAUUGAGAGGGCUGAAAGGCAGAUUGAAAAUUUGGAGAGGGAGAAACAUGAUUUGGCAGAUAAAGUUGAUACAUUGCGUGUGUCAGAAAUGGAGGCAGUUUCCAAAGUUAAAUUACUGGAGGAAAGGGUUGAAGAACGGGAGACAGAAAUAGAGUCUCUGUUAAAAUCAAACAAUGAGCAGAGGGCUGAUACAGUUCAAGUGCUUGAGAAUCUUCUUGGGACAGAGCGGACAGCCCGAGCUGAAGCAAACAACAGGGCGGAGGCACUUUCUGUUCAGUUACAGGCCACGCAGGGGAGACUUGAUUUACUCCAACAGGAGUUGACUUCCGUACGACUGAAUGAAACAGCAUUGGAUAGUAAGCUCAAGACUGCUGCACAUGGAAAACGCGCGAGGGUGGAUGACUAUGAAAUAGGCAUGGAUUCUGUUCACGAUAUGGAUACUGGUGACAAAAUAAUCAGAGGAAGUAAGAGGUCCAAAAGCUCAACUAGUCCUGUAAAGUACACACAGGCAGAGGAUGGUGGAUCAGUUUUCAGGGCCGAUGAUGAUAAUCAGAGCCAGCAUAUCAAUCGAGAGGAUUAUACAAAGUUCACCGUUCAAAAACUCAAGCAAGAGCUAACAAAGCAUAACUUUGGUGCUCAGCUUCUUGAGUUGAGGAAUCCCAACAAGAAAGAUAUCCUUGCACUCUAUGAGAAACAUGUUCUCCAGAAAUCAUAACUAUUGACGUUUACUUAAUGAUUUGGGAGGUGCCUGUAAUCUACAGAGAAUUUGCUUGUUAGUUUAUGAUUCUAGGUGGAAAAAAAAAGUCUCUUCAUAUGUUGGAACAUGCCUGUAAUCUACAGAGAAUUUGCUUGUUAGUUUGUCAUUGGUACAAAGGUUGGAAUUACUAUUUAGUGUGAGCUACAAAGGUUGGAAUUACUAUUUAGUGUGAGCACAGAAGGGUUCCUCUCUUCAUAUGCCAAUGAGGUCAAGCAGGUCGCUGGGUAAGAUGUUUCUGACAUUUCCUACUUUCGUUUCCAUUUGUUUUUGCUCUUCAUUUUUUUUGGAUCUCUGGAAGAGACUUCUGAAUUUUCCUGUAGUUGAGCCACCAGAGUACUUAAUGCCAUGAUGUGAUUGCAUGAGUCAGAAUUUCCUCAAUAUAGUCGCUUUUCCUAAA